AUGGCUAUUCUAGGUCCGGGAAGAGCUACUAGCAGCCCCGCAGGUGAUGAGCUGCACACCUCGAAGCAUGUGGCUUACAUCAAGAACCUGGACACCAGAAGAGACGAGCUGGAAUAUUGGCUGACCGAACACCUGCGGCUCAACGGCGUAUACUGGGGGCUCACGGCCCUGCAUACCCUCGGCCAUCCCAAUACCUUACCUCGCGAUCAGACCAUCGACUUCGUCCUUUCAUGCCAAAAUGACAGUGGGGGCUUUGGUGCUGCCCCAGGUCACGACGCUCAUAUGCUGUACACGGUCUCUGCAGUUCAGAUCCUCGUAACUAUCGAUGCUGUCGAUGAACUCGAGAAGCGAGGCCGAGGUGGCAAGCAGAAAGUGGGCUCUUUCAUUGCAAACCUGCAAAAUGCAGAUGGCUCCUUCAUGGGGGACCAAUGGGGUGAAACAGAUACCCGAUUUCUAUACGGCGCCCUCAAUGCGUUAUCACUCUUGCGCCUGUUGGGCUUGGUCGAUGUCCCCUCAGCCGUUGCACACAUUCAGAGGUGCAAAAACCUGGACGGAGCUUAUGGAAUCCGUCCCGGCGCCGAGUCCCACGCCGGUCAGGUUUUUACUUGCAUUGGUGCCUUGGCCAUCGCUGGUCGCUUGGACCUGGUCGAUAAAGAUCGCCUUGGAGCUUGGCUUAGUGAACGGCAGAUCGAGAGUGGAGGCUUCAAUGGUCGACCAGAAAAACUCGCCGAUGCCUGCUAUAGCUGGUGGGUGGGGUCAAGCCUUGCUAUGAUCGACCGUUUGCACUGGAUCGAUGGCAAGAAGCUCGCUGCCUUUGUUCUGCAGUGCCAGGACCCUGAUGCUGGUGGGUUCGCUGACCGUCCAGGAAAUAUGGUGGAUGUAUAUCAUACACAUUUCAGCCUUGCAGGGCUGAGCUUGUUGAAGUUCAAUGGGCUAGAAGAGAUUGAUCCGGUGUAUUGUAUGCCUAAGGCGAUCACGGCGAGGUGCCUUGCGGGUACCUCUAGACUUUGGGUGGAUGGGAACCCCUAUGGGAAUCCCUAUGGGGAAUACCUUCCACCUGAAUAA